CCCUUGAUGUAAGCUCCAGUCAGAAAAGACGUGACGUUCAUGGAGCUAGGGAAUCAUUUUGUACACCUGUGUUUAGAUGGAUGCAGAGGCUGAAGAUAAAACACUGCGUACUCGCUCUAAAGGGACCGAGGUGCCAAUGGACUCCCUCAUCCAGGAGCUCAGCGCUGCAUAUGAUUGCUCCGUGGUGAAGAAGAGGAGGGCUGAAGAGCAGGCUUUGGGUGUCCCAGUCAACAAAAGAAAAUCCCUACUCAUGAAGCCCCGACACUAUAGCCCAAACACGGACUGCAAAGAAGACAGUGACAGCAGGGCCCCGGACAGCAGCCUCUCGGGAACAGAGGAUCACUGUACUGCAGAAGAAAUCAUGGCGAAACCUGUGGAUGAGAACCUUCAUUCAACUGCACAAGAAAACUCCAGUAGGAAGGAAGACAGAUAUGCUUGUUAUCAAGAGCUCAUGGUCAAAUCCUUAAUGCACUUGGGGAAAUUUGAUAAAAAUGUGUCUGUUCAGUCCAUAAGUGAAAACUUAAAUGACAAUGGCAUCCAGUCUUUAAAAGCAACAAGUGACGAAACAGACGAGUGCUUUAUGAUUCAUUCCAACAAUGGAAGAGACAAAUUCGAGGGUUCCCAGCCAGCGUUCUGCUCCUCCGACGACAACGAAAGUAACCCUGAAAGUACAGAGAAUGGUUGGGACAGUGGCUCCAACUUCUCAGAAGAAACCAAACCACAUACAGUCCCAAAGUACGUUUUAGCAGAUAACAAAAAAGACUUAUUGGAAGUUCCUGAAAUAAAAACCGAAGGUGACAAAUUUAUGCCUUGUGAGAACAGGUGUGAUUCUGAAACAGAAAGGAGAGACCCACAGAAUGUUCCCAUGGAACCCUUAGACAGGAAAGCCCAGCCUGCCUUCCCCGAGACCGAGGAAGCUGAGAGCGAGAGGCUGACAGCAGUGACGGAGGAGGCUGGUAACCUGGAGAAAGCAAAGGGGAAUUUAAGUUUGCUGGAACAGGCGAUUGCCCUGCAGGCUGAGCGAGGCUGUGUUUUCCACAACACCUACAAAGAGCUGGACAGGUUUCUGCUGGAGCACCUGUCAGGGGAAAGGCGACAAACCAAAGUUAUUGACAUGGGUGGAAGACAAAUCUUUAACAAUAAACAUUCGCCGAGGCCUGAAAAGAGGGAGACCAAGUGUCCCAUCCCUGGGUGUGAUGGCACGGGACAUGUGACGGGGCUCUACCCCCACCACCGCAGCCUUUCGGGGUGCCCCCACAAAGUGCGGGUCCCCCUGGAAAUUCUUGCCAUGCAUGAAAAUGUGCUCAAGUGUCCCACCCCAGGAUGCACAGGAAGGGGGCACGUGAACAGCAACCGCAGCACCCACAGGAGUCUUUCUGGUUGUCCAAUUGCUGCAGCUGAAAAAUUGGCAAUGUCCCAGGAUAAAAAUCAGCUUGAUUCUCCCCAAACCGGGCAGUGUCCUGACCAGGCCCACAGGACAAGCUUGGUGAAGCAAAUUGAAUUCAAUUUCCGAUCACAAGCCAUCACCUCUCCCAGAGCCAUGAUGUCCAAAGAACAAGAGAAGUUUGGAAAAGUACCCUUUGAUUAUGCCAGUUUUGAUGCCCAAGUUUUUGGUAAAUGCCCCCUGGUACAAACGGGGCAAGGACGAAAAACACCACCGUUUCCUGAAUCAAAGCAUUUUUCAAAUCCAGUGAAAUUUCCUAAUCGACUGCCUAGUGCAGGCGCCCACACACAGAGCCCCAGUCGUGCCAGCUCUUAUAGCUACGGUCAAUGCAGUGAAGACACCCACAUAGCAGCAGCUGCUGCCAUCCUGAACCUUUCCACCCGCUGCAAGGGAGCCACAGACAUCCUCUCCAACAAACCACAGAGUCUGCAUGCCAAGGGAGCUGAGAUAGAGGUGGACGAAAAUGGCACAUUGGACUUAAGCAUGAAAAAAAACCGAAUCCUGGACAAAGCCGCAGCCUUAACCUCCUCUAACACUUCUAUUCCAACGCCAUCCUCUUCCCCAUUCAAAACAAGCAGCCUUCUGGUCAACGCAGCAUUCUAUCAGGCUCUCUGCGAUCAGGAGUGCUGGGACUCGCCGAUCAACUAUAGCAAAGCUCACGGGAAGACAGAGGAGGAGAAAGAGAAAGACCCAGUGAACUCUCUAGAAAAUCUAGAAGAAAAAAAGUUUCCUGGAGAGGCCUCUAUACCAAGCCCUAAACCCAAGCUCCAUGCAAGAGAUCUCAAAAAAGAACUAAUCACCUGUCCAACACCAGGAUGUGAUGGAAGUGGCCAUGUCACAGGAAACUACGCAUCCCAUCGCAGUGUUUCCGGAUGUCCUUUAGCAGAUAAGACGCUUAAAUCCCUCAUGGCUGCAAACUCUCAGGAGCUUAAGUGUCCCACCCCAGGCUGUGAUGGUUCAGGGCACGUGACUGGCAACUACGCUUCCCACAGAAGCUUGUCUGGCUGCCCUCGUGCAAGGAAAGGUGGUGUCAAAAUGACCCCUACCAAGGAAGAGAAAGAAGACCCUGAACUUAAAUGUCCUGUGAUAGGGUGUGAUGGCCAAGGUCACAUAUCAGGUAAAUACACAUCACACCGCACAGCUUCUGGCUGUCCCCUUGCUGCCAAGAGACAGAAGGAGAAUCCUCUCAAUGGGGCCUCACUCUCCUGGAAACUGAACAAACAAGAGCUGCCACACUGUCCCUUGCCAGGCUGCAAUGGGUUGGGCCAUGUGAACAAUGUUUUUGUCACCCACAGAAGGUAA